AUAUAUAUAGUCAACACCACACUAGCAUGCAAGUGUGCCUCAUCAAUUAUCAUGGCAAGUGCUGCUUCUUCCUUUCAUUGUUACUUGGUAGUUCUCACUCUGGUUCUCCUUGGUUGUUUCAGUAGCUGCAUUUCAAGUCAGAUUGAUUUGGGGUCGAGAUUAUUGGCUAGCAAGGACCAAAAAUGGCUUUCUGAAAAUGGCACAUUUGCUUUGGGGUUCACUCCAGCUGCAAACACUGAUAAUAACAGAUUAUUUACUUUGGCCAUUUGGUUUGCAAGGCUUCCAGGAGAUCCAACUUUAGUUUGGUCACCUAAUAGAGACUCUCCUGUAUCUCAAGAUGCAAUCUUGGAGCUUGACACCACUGGCAACCUCGUCCUCACGGACGGAGACACCACCAUAUGGGCCUCAAACACCUCAAAUUCUGAUGUAGCAGCAGCUGUCAUGACAGAAUCCGGCAACUUCAUCCUCCACACCACCAACAACCACCCUGCGUGGCAGAGUUUUUCUCAACCUUCUGAUACACUCCUCCCCAACCAACCUCUCACAGUCUCUUCUGAACUAACAUCAUCAAAGUCUUCAUCUCAUGGUGGUAGCUACUAUGCUCUCAAAAUGCUUCAACAGCCAACUUCCUUAAACCUUGCCCUCACUUACAAUCUGCCAGAAACCUACCAGGCUUUGGAUGAACACGAACCAUUCACCAACUAUUCCUACUGGCAUGGCCCUGAUAUCUCCAACGUGACUGGAGAAGUUAUAGCAGUUUUAGACCAAGCUGGGAGCUUUGGAAUUGUGUAUGGAGAUUCAUCUGAUGGAGCAGUUUAUGUGUACAAGAAUGAUGAUGAUGAUGCAGGCUUGUCUUCUGCAAUUCAUAAAUCUAAUUCUACACCAUUAACUGUUCUUAGGAGACUCACACUGGAGAAGAAUGGCAAUUUGCGGCUAUACCGUUGGGACGAUGUGAAUGGUUCAAGUCAGUGGGUCUCACAAUGGGCUGCAGUUUCAAAUCCAUGUGACAUUGCUGGAAUUUGUGGCAAUGGGGUUUGUGAAUUGGACAGAAGCAAGAUAAAAGCCUCUUGCACUUGCUUGCCAGGAACUUCUAAAGUUGGCAGAGAUGGCCAGUGCUAUGAGAAUUCAUCUCUUGUUGGAAAAUGCAAUGGCCAACAUGAAAACCAGACAUCACUUAGGAUGUCAAUGGUGCAGCAAACUAACUACUAUUUUUCUGAAUUUUCUGUAAUAGCUAACUAUAGUGAUGUUGAUGUUGCUUCAGUGUCAAAAUGUGGGGAUGCUUGCUUAUCAGAUUGUGAUUGUGUUGCUUCAGUUUAUGGACUAAAUGAGGAGAGACCUUACUGUUGGGUAUUAAGGAGCUUAAGUUUUGGGGGUUUUGAGGAUACUAGCUCUACUUUGUUUGUGAAGGUCAGAGCAAAUGGUUCAUGGAUAGCAGGAGGGUCUAAAUCUAAUAGUAGCUCUUCUGAUGGAUUGGGGAGUGCUAAGGAAAAGGCUUUGAUUAUUCCCAUUGUUCUGACCAUGAUAAUCCUCAUUGCUUUGCUGUGUUUAUUACUGUAUUACAGUGUUCACAGAAAAAGAACUAUGAGAAGAGAGAUGGAAAGUUCCUUAAUCUUAUCAGGUGCUCCUAUGAAUUUCACCUACCGCGAUUUGCAAAUCAGGACAAGCAACUUUUCACAGCUGCUAGGAACAGGUGGGUUUGGAACUGUGUAUAAAGGAAGCCUAGGAGAUGGUACCCUAGUGGCAGUGAAGAAACUUGACAGGGUUUUGCCCCAUGGAGAGAAAGAAUUUAUCACUGAAGUAAACACCAUUGGUUCAAUGCAUCAUAUGAAUUUGGUUCGCCUAUGUGGCUAUUGUUCAGAGGGAUCACAAAGGCUUCUGGUAUAUGAGUUCAUGAAGAAUGGUUCCUUGGAUAAAUGGAUCUUUCCUUCAUAUCAAGGCAGAGAUAGAUUGCUAGAUUGGACAACUCGUUUUGAGAUAGCUAUAGCCACCGCACAAGGGAUAGCAUACUUUCAUGAGCAGUGCAGGGAUAGGAUAAUACACUGUGACAUCAAACCAGAAAAUAUAUUGUUAGAUGAAAAUUUUUGUCCUAAAGUUUCUGAUUUUGGACUGGCCAAAUUGAUGAGAAGAGAGCACUCUCAUGUGGUAACCAUGAUUAGAGGCACUAGAGGCUAUUUGGCACCAGAAUGGGUUAGUAAUCGCCCUAUAACUGUAAAAGCUGAUGUUUACAGCUAUGGGAUGCUUCUUUUAGAAAUCAUUGGUGGCAGGAGAAAUCUUGACAUGUCCUUUGAUGCAGAAGACUUCUUCUAUCCUGGCUGGGCUUACAAGGAGAUGACGAAUGGAUCAGUAAUCAAAGUGGCAGAUAGAAGAUUAAAUGGUGCAGUUGAUGAAGAAGAGCUAAUGAGAGCUCUCAAAGCUGCCUUUUGGUGCAUCCAAGAUGAGAUUUCGACGCGACCACCAAUGGGGGAAGUGGUACGGAUGCUGGAAGGUUCAAUCAACAUUAACACGCCACCGAUGCCGCAAACAGUGCUGGAGUUAAUUGAGGAAGGUCUAGAGCAUGUAUACAAAGCUAUGAAAAGAGAGUAUAAUCAGUUCAGCUCAUUCACCAUUACCAGCCAUCUUACAUCUCAUGCCACAUGUAGCAAUUCAUCAAUGUCACCAAGAUAGUGUUUAAACUCUAGUCCACAGCAAAAUUAGCUACAAUGAUACUCAAUAUGCUUCACAUCAUUUAGCGAGGCACACAAUAAUUGGAAACUGACACCCGAGAGUGAAAGGAUAGACUCUGGAUCCACGGGCACUUGGGAUUCUAGAUAACCCCAAUACCUGCAAUGCUCUAGCUGUUCUGCUUUAGCCAUGGACCAGUAUUUUGAUAAGUUCAAUGGAAGUAUUAGCUAUAUUAGAUUGUUUUAGAGAACUUGAAAUUACUCUCAUUGGAUGUACGUUGAAUUGUUUUCAGAGUUUCUUCGUAGAAUUUAUAUGUAAGUGUAACAAGGUUACCCUGUAGAUACUCAAAGGACAGAGUCAGAGUAUGUGCUUGAAAAAGCCUAAAUUAUUUAUAAAAAAACAGUUCAGUUAAAGGGGGAAAAAUCUCCCAAGCUCACAAUAUUACUAAUUACCAAAAUAAAUCAAUCUGGGGA